CCUCUCCCUCUCUCUCUCUUAUCUUAUCUUCCUCUCUAUCUCUGUUUAUCCAAAAACUCUUUCCAAAUUAACAUAUCUUAAGGAGAAGAAAAUUAAAGUACACACACCCUACACCCCUCAAAAAAAAAAAAAAGAUUAAAAAAAUAAAAAAAAAAAAUAAUAAGAAAAGAAAAAACUAAAACAAAACAAACAUCCGUAGCAGUAACGAAACAGAGAGCAAGACCCUUCCUGCAGAGAAACGGCUCUUCUAUAACGAAAGCUGAAUGGAGGAUCCUUACGGUACGACAGCCUCUCCCGUCGGUCGGCAGCGAGGGUGGACGUCCGUGUGUCAGAGUUCCUCUUGGAGUCGAAGAGAUCGGACGUAUACGCGCCGUCGUCCCUCGAGAACGCCCAAAGAGAAUUGCCUUGUUGAGUGCCGUUUACUCUUCCAUUUUUUUUCCUCAGAGGGAGAAGGAAGAGAGUGUGAUAACCACGAAGGGUGUUGGGUAUUUUACCACCAUUUCGAAGGGGCUUGCAUGCGUGUGAAUCGCUUCGAAAACGCGAUAUGUGACUUGUUGGUCUCUCUUUCGCCUCGUGUUCGCGAAGAGAAGGAGGAGGAAGCGGAGAGGCGAACGUUGGCGAAAUUUAAAUGCCAAUGAGGAAUUCGCGCGAGGCUGUGUUGCCAGCGGCGGCGUGAAGCGAAAGAGGGAGGUGGGAGAACGCAGAGAGAUCGCGAAGAAGGUGUAAAUGGGAAGGUAGAGAGAGAAAGAUAAUAGAACAAAAGAAAAUGUGACUGGAGUUCUGAAAGAAAAAAAAAUCUUCGAGAAAGGUUCGAACAGACACGUGUUUUGUUGAAGCUGUAUUAAACCAUACAUAUUUUUUUUAGUGAACGCGUGUCUUCGGAGAGAAAGAGAAAAAAAAGAGUGAAAGAUAUAGAAGAAGAAAACAUAAUUAUUGAAGGAGAAAAGAAGAGAAGAUAUCGCAGAAUAACAAGCGCAACACAUGUGCAAUUGGCCGGAGUUUGAUCAGCCUUGAGAGACCUGUUUUAAACCCACACAAAGAGCCUCUUUCCCUCGUCCCCCUCCCCCCCCCCUUGCCCCAUUCCCGUGCCCCAUACCCUACCCUACCCCCCUGUCCAUACCCCUCCUUCGCUCACGCCCAGAAGAAUCUCGCAAGAAGACUUUGAUAAAAGGAGAAAUUAAAGCCGCCACGCGGUCAUAUAAAUAACAGAGAUAAGACACGUGAAAGAGAAAGGAGCAAGAGAGAGAAGAAAGAGAAGCACUUAAAGAGAGAAAAUGCCCAGUGCUUUUGCCUCCCGAGAAGGACAAGGGAAUUAUCCGAAAAAUUCCGAAAGGAUGAGACAUGUUCGGAUGAGUGAGGAAACCGAGCACGCCCAGACGUCGCUGCACCGGAUUCCGAGCUAAAGGAAUUUAGAAAAAAAAGACAAAUCAAAACAAAUCAUUUAAAAAAGCGCUGUUUUUACUCUGGAUAGAAAAGAAAACUUUGCUCGAGGUAGAAGGAAAGGAAGUGGGGGAGCGGAAGAUAAAUAAGUAGAUGGAUAAAGUGAGGAAGUUCGUUACAGCAAAUGCGAUAAUCAGAAGUGAAUGUCAAACGGAGGCGGGCAAAGGAAGCCAGGGGGACUGAGAUCCUACCAGUGAAGUGUAAGACGAAUAUAAUUCCGGCCUAGACUUCCUCGAGAAAAUUACGGAAAGUCUUCUUAACAGUGGAAAAUAGAUAAAGAAAAAAACGUUUAAAUAGAAAACAUCAAAAGAAACCCAACAAAUAACAACAGCGACGUCAAAACAGCGAGGAAACCGAAGAACAGAGCCAAGGCUGGCUUUCGGAACCCGUCAUCGGUGCACAGACGUUGCUGACAUAACGCGUCCUUGUCACACCAGAAGACUCGAGAAAAGUUGUGAGUCAAGUGUGAGUCCUUCGGGAGGGUAAGUCAUACUCGAACCACCCCGCGCGCAGAAAAAACAAAAACAAAACAGACAGACAGACGAGGGAAACUGUUAAGCAAAUAAUAAAACGGGAAGGAAUUAUUCUCCUCCCGUCAAAGCUUCGAAGAAAUUUUAAAAACCCAAGUGAGUGUGAAUCCUAUCGCGAAAGUGCUUGCGUGAACAACAACAAAAACGAGACAUUCCUCCCAGGCAACAACAAAUAAAAAAAAGACAACCAUGAGGUCCCUAAGCGCGGGCGUAGCUGUCCUGGACGCCCACAAAGGCUACCUGGAGCUGACCGAAGAGGCGCUGGAGCAGCUCAUAAGGAGGGAGCCCAUCGCCGAGCACUACGAGGUGGAGCACACGCCGUUCGCGAGAGGCAAGUUCGCCGCCGUGCGCCGCGCGCGCUGCCUGGCGUCGGGCACCUGGUUCGCCGCCAAGUUCAUGCGCAAGCGGCGGCGCGCGCAGGACGUCCGCCACGAGAUCCUGCACGAGGCGGCCGUGCUGCUCCUGACGCGGCCCUGCGCCAGGAUCGUGUCGCUGCACCAGCUAUUCGAGAGCUCCUCGGAGGUCAUCCUCGUCCUCGAGCUCGCCUCUGGAGGCGAACUGCAGAGGGUCAUCGACGAGGAGGAGCGUCUGGAGGAGGAGGUCGUGAGGCGCUACAUGAUCAACAUCCUCAGCGCUCUUCGCUACCUUCACGCGCACAACAUCGCUCAUUUGGAUCUGAAGCCCCAGAACCUGCUGCUGAUGGGCCAGCACCCCGACAGCGACGUCAAGCUGUGCGACUUCGGGAUCUCGCGCAUCCUGCUGUCGGACAUCGAAGUGAGGGAGGUGCUCGGGACGCCGGACUACGUGGCGCCGGAAAUCCUUCAGUACGAGCCCAUAAGCCUCGCUACAGACAUGUGGUCGGUUGGCGUGCUGACCUACGUCCUGCUGACGGGCCACUCGCCCUUCGGAGGAGACACGAAGCAGGAGACGUUCCUCAACAUCUCUCAGGGCCACGUCGACUUCCCGGAGGACCUGUUCGAGGGCGUGUCCCAGCAGGGCAAGGACUUCAUCUCGCACCUCCUCGUGGUCGACCCCAGCGGCCGCCUCACAGUGGACGAGGCCCUCGAGCACCAGUGGCUCCGCACGGCGCCCACGCCCGCGCAGCCGCCCCCGCUCGUGCCCGCGGCCAGCGCCCCCGCCCGCCGCGAAGGACACACCGCCCGAGAGCAGGCGGCGCCCCGCCCCAGAACCCCGCCCACCGACGCCCAUUGCGCGAGCCCCAGGGCCAGCGUCUCCCCCCGCGCCCGCAGACACGGCGAGGCGGCCGGCGUAGGCGCUAGCGGCCUCUCCUUCGGCGUCCGAAGGGAUGCCUCGCCGCGCCCGUCCUCGCCGGCGCGGCCCUCCGACCACAGGGUCAAGCUCCACGUGUCCAACUUCAGCCUGAAGGCGGCGUCGGCGACGGCGGACCCUUCGACGAAGGCCAAGAACUUCCCUUCCCCGUCGCGCCUGUGCAGGGAGCGGGCGGAGGGCCCCGCCGCCGCCGCGACGCCCUCGCCGCGUCUCACCAAAGAGCCCGAAGCCAGCGGCCCCUUCGGCUCAAGCAGGGAGCCCGUCGUGCCGCCCGCGAGCCUCGGCAGAGAGCCCGCGUCCGUGGGUCUGAGCCGAGACCCCGUCCCCACGUCCCUAGCCCUGAGCCGAGACCCCGCGUCCCUGGUCCCGAACCGCGAGGCCGUGACGACGUCCCUGAGCCUGAACCGCGAGGCCGACGGCACGUGGCGCACGGCGGACUCGGUCAACAAGGAGAACAACCAGAACAGCAUCAACAAGGAGGAGGCGCCGCACAUCUCGAGCCCCUGCAGGGACGCCCUCGACUCCCCGAGCCGCUCCAGGGGACGCUUCGUCCACGCCGAGAUCGCGAAGGCGGGGAGGGAGCCGGAGGCUAGGAGGCUCGCGGGCGGCGGCAAGGAGGGCAAGGAGAACAAGGAGAACGGGCGCGAGGGCAAGGACGGCCACAGAGAGAGGCUGCGGCCGUCGCCGCUGUGUCUGCGGCGCCAGGGCUCCAAGGGCGACCUGCACUCGCCGACGGAGCAGCAGAAAUUCGGGCCCAUGCAGGGCUGCGUCACCAAGAGGAUCGAGAAGGGCAUGAUCUACUGACUCGGCUCCUGAAGUAACCGACAAUAAUGAAGGGAAAAGGCGGCGUGUGUUUACCAUAUCACAAAAUAUCACAAAGAGACAGACUCCAAGGGAUAAAAAUGGAUACGACAACGCAAUUCCUCGUAGAGACUGUGACGCUGAAAGCUGUCAUGGUUUUAUGUAAGUAUCGGAUACCUCAUACACAAGGUGCCUUGUAUAUAAUGUAUGUAAAAGUAUAGUAUGAAUAUUUACAAUGCACAUUUCAGGUGGUUGAUACCGUAAAGCAAUGCAAAAGUAAUGAUAAAGGAAAAAAAAGACAAUGUAGGGAAAAAAAUGAAAAGACUUAAAAGAAGAGAAAGAACUAUUUGAGAUGCUAUGAAAGUGCAAAAGAGUCAAAAGAGGAGACAGAAUGAAGAACACACUGAUAAAGAGAGAAACUGUACGUGACAAAACCACGUCAGAUGAUGGUGCUCGAUUUAUGAAAAUAAAAAAGUGAUGCUUUGAAGUGACUUCAUUCCUUAUAUAUCUAUUUUUGGAAAUACUAUGCCCAGCCUUUUACAGUUUACAUUCGUGGAUAACAAUGGACAUGUUCUUAUUUUGAGGUAAUGAUUUAAGAAAUAUUGUCUCAAAGCCAAGUUACAUUGUGUUUGUAAUAUGUGUUGCAUAUUAUCUCUGCACUGCAAGGUUGUCCUCACUUAGCUGAAGUAUCACAGAAACGCUGAACUUAGUCAGCUGAAAUUACCCAUGGAAUCAGGAACCAUUACAUAGAAUAAUUCUAAAGCAUUGAAUUCAAAUAAUUCUAAAGCGAUUAUCAGUAUUUACUAAUCAUAAUUCAGGAGACUUUAACGGCAUGUGCUUAGCCCAGAAGCUUUACCAUUCUAUUUAUUUUAUUAUUUUUUUUUUUUUUGCCUCUCUCUGGCGUGCGUCAAGAAAGUGAGAUAUACAUCAUGCCAGGAAUAAGAUCCAAGUUUGAUAAUUAUAAAAUAAUUUCUAUUACUUUUUCGCGUACACUAUCGCAGAGGACAACAAUGAAAGUACACAAUAAAGAGAUGGUUUUAUA